CGGGUAUUUUUCUGGGUACCAGCUAUGCGGGAUACGUACCCAACCCGGCGAAUCUGACGGGGAUCGGAUUCGGACCGCCAGUCAACAAUAAUUAGGUGGGGCCCGGGACCGGGCCCAGAGACACGGACAAGAAGUCGGAAUCAGCGUGGGCAGAGGGAAGAAGAGAGAGAGAGAGAGAGAGAGGUGGGCGGUCAAUGCGGGGGGUGGAGCGAGGAGGGUUGUUUAGGUUGAGGAUGUCGCGUGUAGAGGGCGCAGCGCCCCGCGAUUCGUGCGCCCUCGCUUUCCCUUCGUCCCUCUUCCCCUUUCUUCUUCCUUGGUUGACUGCUCCGUCUCGGUUUGAGCCACGCACACCAGAGUUUGGUGGCCACUGUGUGUUGUUUCUGCGAGUGAUGAGAGCUUAAGCCGCUCUCUCUCUCUGCUCCCUUUUGCUUUCUUUAUGCCUCACGAGGCACCGCCCCACUGCCACAGCACGUGCGCACGUGAGUCCCCCUGAUAUUAUACUGCCCUGCGGCCAGGGGCUCGCCGUGGAUGCCGACCCUGAGCUGCACAUUUGCCCCUGCUUUCGCGUACUAACACCAUCCUCCCCCCCACCACCGAAACAGAGCUCAAUGUAACAGCUGACAUCUGCAGGCUGCAACAGCCAAGGUUGCUUAGGUAGUGCCAAUUUUGUUCUCUUUCUUCUUUUUUGCAGAUUUCUUUUCUUUUGGUUCCUCUUGCAGAGGAGACUGACGACAAGAUUAACCGGGGGGAGGGGGGUUCUGCCAGCUGCAGUCACCUUGAUCCUUGAGGAAAUGUGCCAACCAGUCGACAUAUUGUUUGGCAGAAUGCAAAAUGUGGGCAGCAUUUCUUGUUCGAAGAUGCUACCGAGAGACUAUUCAAUGGUCUCCCUGUUGCCUCUUUACUGUCUACUCACGUGCGCUGUAAGGUGGAGAUCUGAUCAUUUGUGGUGGCUGAAUCUGGUAUCGGAUUGUAUGACCAGGGUAAUUCGAGCUGUUCUGCUGGAAUUCUGUGCGGCGGUGGAAGUUUGAUCCGUCCGCCAUCCAUGUUUCCUUGGAUUGCGGGAUGGCCAUGGUUUGUGGACCAAGUGGAGCGGGAACGAAGCAUGCAUGCAGGUUCAUGGCGAGCGUGAGCUGGGCAACUGUUGGCAUCCCUCUCUCAUCUCCGUCACCUGAACAAGCAACAGUGUUGUCAACUGCGCUCGAGGGUAGGUCUGUAAUAGGAGUUAAAAAGUAACCCGAGGUUAAAAGAGACAGGACCAGCAUGCCACAUGACAAAGCAGCAAGGGAAAGAAGCUCACCCGUAUCCUCCUCAACGUUGAACUGUUUUCUACUCCUCCCAAAAGUAAUAGCCAGACACCAACAGCUCCAAAAUCCCUCACUCUCUCUCUCUCUCUCUGCUCUUUUGUUAACAAACUUGGUCAGGCCACUGGGAAAGGUAGGAAAGCUGAGGUGGGGAUGUGAGACCUCCUGCUGCAAAGAGAGAGUUGGAGAGAGACCAGAGAGAAAGAAAGCCGAGGGGCCCUGCCACUCCUCUUUACUUACCCAACCUUGGUGUGGGGUUUGGUUGCACUGUUGAUCGAAGGUGUGAUAGCAUCAUCGGAGCAAGUUCAAGGAGGGUGAAAGGGAAAAAUAAGUAUAUAUCAAACAAAGAGUGAGAUAGAGAUAGAGAUAGAGAUAGAAGGAAGAAAGAGAUGGUGGGCUCAGGAGUGGGAGGAGAUAGUAGAAGCAAGGAGGCCGUGGGCAUGUUGGCUCUCCACGAGGCCCUCAGGAACGUCUGCCUCAACUCGGAUUGGACUUACUCCGUCUUCUGGACCAUCCGACCUCGCCCGAGGUGUAGAGGAGGAAAUGGCUGCAAGGUUGGGGACGACAAUGGCAACCUGAUGUUGAUGUGGGAGGAUGGGUUCUGUAGGACAAGAGUGGAUGAUAUCGAUGGAGAAGACCAAGUGAGAAAGGCCUUCAGCAAGAUGUCCAUUCAGCUGUAUAAUUAUGGAGAAGGGCUGAUGGGUAAGGUUGCUUCUGAUAAGUGUCACAAAUGGGUCUUCAAGGAACCUUCUGAAUGCGAACCCAACAUCGCCAACUACUGGCAGAGCUCCUUUGAUGCUCUUCCUCCUGAAUGGAAUGAUCAAUUUGCUUCUGGCAUUCAGACUAUAGCUGUGAUUCAAGCUGGCCAUGGGCUGCUACAGCUGGGUUCCUGCAACAUUAUACCUGAAGACCUGCAUUUUGUGUUGAGGAUGAGACACAUGUUUGAGUCACUGGGUUACCAAUCUGGCUUCUUCCUUUCCCAGCUGUUUUCCUCUUCCAGGAACAGCUCUCCAUCACCAUCUGCCCCGGUGAAGCAGAUCCCAGCUCGGCCUCCGCCGCCGGUCUUCAACUGGAGCCACCCUCCACUCGCUUCCCCUGCUUACCACCCUUCGGCUCAAAUGGGACUACCCAGCAACAAAGACGACACCCAGCUGUACCUCCUCCCUCCCUCCUCCGAAGCACAGAUGGAUGAGAUGAUGCCGGAGCAGGAAUCCGACCUGAAAUGGCCCAAUGGACUGUCUUUCUUCACUGCUUUAACGGGAAGAACAGAUGAUGCCAAGCUACUGUUUGGUGCCGAGAUGUUGGGACACCGACCACCACCUCAUCAGCAUCCUCUCAUGACGGCUCGGAAGAAUCUGACUGCAAGCUCUCCGGUCAGCAUCUGUGGCAAUGCGGAUGAGUCGAAGGCCAUCGAGGCUUCUGGCUUGCCGGGCCAGGGAAAUAUAGGCGAUAGCGGCGCAGCACUCAGUGCCAGUAACACCGAGGAUCUCUUGAGUUUGGAAAGCCAUUCCGGCAAGGCUAGGAAGAUGGAGAACAGCAAGUUCAAGAGGAGCUUCACAUUACCCGCAAGAAUGACUACCUCUUCUUCGUCGUCUUCGUUGGACCAUCAUCAUGCAUCAACACCACAGCCCAUGGAUUACAGGGGCUCGGAGGCCGGGAUCUACCAAGACAUCAUGGAAACCUUCUUGGACUAAUCCGAGAUCAGGCCUAGUGUCUGUGGGAGGAGGUUGUAAGACAAGGGUUUGAACUAGUGAUCAUGUGGCUUACUCUCCUCUCAGGGGCUGGCUCUACUCCAUCCUUGCUCCUACCGGUCUGCCAUCAACUGCUUGUUCACCUGUAUCGAUAUGCUGCGGAUGAUCUUCUGAAGGAUUUUGUUUGCAGUAGUUUUAGAGUGAUUUAGAUGGACUUUAGGGUUGGAUUGCAAAUAUAACUCUGCUAAUGUUGUGCUCGGUUUCUUGGUGAGAAUGAGAAAUGUGUCUAGUUAAUUAGCAGGAGUAUGUUGUCUUGCUCUUUUUGUUUGGAAAAUAAAGCAGCUGAGUCCUCCUCUUUCAUAUUUC